AUGGCCGACUUCCUGUUGGCUGUUGACCUGCCUGGCCUGUGUUCAAAGUUUUUGGAACCCAUAGAGAUCCACAAGAAGAAGCUCUUCCUGUGGUUUAGCCACCUUCCUCGGGAGGAGAAACAGUUUAAAGGUUACUUCAGCCCAGAGACCAUGCAUGUGGAUCCACUGAUUCUGGAAAGAAAGGCUGAGGAGACUGCAGGAAUGCUCAGCUCCCCUCUCCAAACCCAGACGUCCUCCAGCCCCUCUUUGACUGUGGAACAGCUGUUUAAGCCCACCGAUGCCUGGAAUGAGUGUCGUGGGCUCAAUGUGCUGCUGUACGGGGCUGUAGGAACAGGGAAAAGUACGGUGGUCCGAAAGCUGGUGCUGGAUUGGUGCACUGGUACCACCCUGAACAACUUCAAGCUUGUGAUUCCUUUCUCUUGUGAGGACCUUGGCCAACUAUCAAAGGUGGCUUCCUUAAGGGACCUUGUGGGCAGGAAGUACCUCCACCUAAGAAAACACCCCAUGCUGAGUGGGGAGGGAAACCAGGCCAAGGAUGUGCUGUUCAUCUUCAAUGGGAUGGAGAAAAUGAACCUGGAUUUCCGCAUUGGAGCCACUGAGCUAUGCAGUGAUCCUAAUGAGGCGCUGCCUCCAGGUGUCGUGGUGGUGAACCUGCUGAGGAAGUACCUCCUGCCUGAGGCCAGCAUCUUGGUUACCACCAGACUGUCUGCCCUGGACCGUAUUCCUCAGAAGUAUGUGAGUCGCUAUGCACAGAUUUGUGGCUUCAAUGACCCUGACCGCCAGCGGGCGUACUUCACCAGCCGCCUACUGCAGCAGAGUGGAGAGCCUGCUCGUAACCUUGAGGCCCAGGCUCUUAUAGAGCUGCUUUAUCGCAACCUCCAGAGAGAAAGCCAGUUAGCUGCAGCCUGCUUCCUCCCCUCCUACUGCUGGCUCACAUGUGCUACCUUACACUUCCUCCAUUUCACUGAUGCCAAGGUACCCAUCCGCACUCUGACAGGCAUAUACACCAGUUUCCUCAGGCUCAACUUUGGGGGUGAGGUGCUGGGCACAGGGACAGGGACAAAUGUACAGGAGCACCACAGUUCUCUUAUGUUGUAUGUAGUCCGUACAGUUGGUAAACUUGCAUUUGACGGUGUGACAUACAAACGCACAUCGUUCUCAGAAACGGAACUGGAGCAGUGGAUAGGAGGAAAGACCAAGACAGAUGAGGAGCUACGUCAGCUGGCCAUGUUUCGGACUGACGUGCUUGACUUCUUCUUGGCUCCCUGUGUUGAAAGUGGUAAGCAUCUACCACAAGAACCCAGUGAGAAUGAUGAGAGGCGCUAUGUUUUUGCUGUCCCAGCCUUGCAGGAGUACCUGGCGGCUCUCUACGUGGUUCUAGGAGAGAACAAAUCGGCUCUGGAGAAGCUAACCAGGCAGGUUUCUGUGGCCAUUGGUCAGGCAAGUGAGGAUGUUAAUGCCAUUGUCAACAUCUUUUCCAAGUUCAUCCCCCUCCGAAUCUUUGCUGUAUUCAAUCUCCUUAAGCUUUUUCCAAAGUUCUUUGAGAAAAUCAGCACUCUCAACAAAGGCAGCAUUGCCAGAACCAUGGCAGCUGAGAUGUUCCGCACAGAGGAUAGCUACAACGAGGAUGUCCUGGAUCAGAUGGAACAACGUCUCCUGGGAGUUCAUGGCCCUCAGCCAAGACAGUACAGUGAAGGUCAACCUUUUGAACUCUACCCCAUCUUCAUGGGUGGACUGUUGCAUUAUGGUAACCGUGUCCUUCUCCAGCAACUUGGCUGUAGCAUUCAGAGCACCACUGUGGCCCAGAUCACACAUGUUCUAAGGAAGUACCUGGUCAGAGAGCUUAGCAAGCCACAGCCACCAGAGGAGCUGAUGGAUCUGCUGGUCCUUCUGUAUGAGUUUCAGAACCCCAGACUGACUGCAGAGGUUCUGGCCUCAAUCAGAACCAUCAACCUCACCAACAUUCGUAUGACAUCACUCAAAUGCUUUGUACUGAGUUCUGUGCUCUCAUGCUCCCCUGCAAGUUAUCACCUUGAAGAGCUGGACCUGUCCUCCUGUCUCUUGACUCCUGACCUGCUUCAGAUACUGCUGCCUGCCUUCAGACACACUCAUAACCUCAAUCUGCAGUUUAACAGCCUGGGUCCUGAGUCCUGCAUCUUCCUGAGAGAUCUGCUACUAGACGCCAAGAGUUCUAUUAGAUCUUUACAACUGUGUGACAACCGUCUGGAGGAUUCUGGAGGCUGCAUCCUGCUGGAGGCCCUGUCACAGAAUCUGUCCCUGACACAUCUAUCCCUGAUGCACACUGGGCUGGGGGACCAGGCAGCACUGGUGCUGACUGAGAGGCUCCAGCAGCACACGGGCCUCCAGGAGCUCAACGUGGCCUAUAACAACAUUGGAGACAACGCUGCUGUGGCUCUGGUGGACGCCUGCAGGGAACACCCCAGCAUUCACACCGUGCACUUGUAUCUGAACCCUCUUAGUGAUGUGGGGAAGCAGUCACUGUAUGUCCGAGGUGUUCCCAAGAACCACAGUGGUCGGCGAGUCAAGGUCCUGGCUUCGGUCACUGAAGGAUCAGACAUCUCCGAAGACUGGCACCCCAUCCUCAGUGUGAUACAAAACAAUGCCUCCUCCUGGGACCGAGAACGUGUCAUGCAGCAACUUAAGGUAUUCCUCAGGGAUCUGGAGUGGGGGCGUCAGCAGCAGAGCUUCUGGAAGAGGCUGCACUUUCGCAAGGUGGAGAAGGGAGUCCUGCAGAUUCUGCAGAUGCUGGAGAAGGACUCUCUACCUCCUUCCACAGGAUACAGAAAGUAACUGAUAAAAAUCAACCUUCAGCAGCAUAUCAGAGGAAAAUCUGCAGCUAAUAUAAACCAGAGGUCCAGGAGACGCAGCUUGAUUAUUGUAAAGGACAUGACUUUAUUCAACAAUAUUUUCAAAGCAGCUUAAAGCUAAACUCCCUGACUUUGUACUAAAACAGGUGGUGGGUGGGAAUGUAGUAGUGAGGAUGUAGAGCUCAUUGUUGUUUUAUGCAGACAGUUUAUAUGGACCGCCUGUUGUUAGAAAGAGGUCGUAGACAUACUGGAGGAUUUAGACUGGGGGGAUGCUUGGAACACCUGACUAUAAAAUGACUUCCAUGCCUGCCUGAACUACUGUGAUAUUGCUGCACUGGGUGUUUUCCAAAUGUGACUGUGUUGUGAAUAUUCAGCUGACAAUGUGUGCAUUUGCCUACUGUGGAUUAACACAUUUGACAAUUAAUUUUCUUCCCGGGGCCAAUAAAACACACUGCAACCCC